UACAAUAUAUUCACUAAUAAUAACAAUAAAUAUAGUAAUUGUUCUUCCACUUCCUCCUCCAUUGCAGUUUUUUCCUCUCAAUCUCAACACCUUCCCUAACAACCCACGAGAAAUCUGAGGAUAACAAUUUAGGCAGAAAUUGGGAUUUCAAAAGGAUCGCGGUUUCUGAAUUGGAUAAUAAAUAACGGAUCGCUGAUUGUGAGUUGCAAUACGAAUUGUUUUUGAAAUUGCGAUCAUUAUGUCGAACUGCCCAUCAUCGUCGUCGGGAUCGGAGGAAGAGGAUGAGGGAAUGGACUCGUACAGAAAAGGAGGGUACCACGCCGUCAGAGUUGGCGAUUCAUUCGCGGCUGGUCGAUACAUCGCUCAGCAGAAACUGGGCUGGGGUCAGUUCUCCACUGUUUGGCUCGCCUACGAUACUCAGUCAUCCAAAUAUGUUGCGUUGAAGAUCCAAAAAAGUGCACCACAAUUUGCUCAAGCUGCACUUCAUGAAAUUGAAAUCCUUUGUGCUAUUGCUGAUGGUGAUCCCUCGAAUGAGAAGUCUGUUGUACGAUUAGUGGACCACUUCAAGCAUGUAGGCCCAAAUGGUCAGCAUUUGUGCAUGGUCCUGGAAUUUCUUGGUGAUAGUUUGCUUCGUCUGAUCAAGUACAAUCGGUAUAAAGGACUUCAAUUGGACAAAGUUAGAGAGAUUUGCAAAUGCAUUUUGACUGCACUAGAUUACCUGCAUGAGAAGCUAGGCAUUAUACAUACUGACCUAAAACCUGAAAACAUUCUUCUAUGUAACACAAUUAAUCCUUCAAAAGAUCCAAUUAGGUCAGGAAUGACACCCAUCCUUGAAAGGCCUGAGGGGAACCCGAAUGGGGGAGUCUCCAUGAGUAGCAUUGAGAAGAAAUUGAAACAAAGGGCAAGAAGAGCAAUUGCGAGGAUAUCAGAGAGGAGAGCUUCUAUGGGAGGGGUAGGCGUGGUUCCAAAGCCUGCUAGAUGCUUGGAUGGGAUUGACUUGAGAUGCAAAGUAGUUGAUUUUGGAAAUGCAUGUUGGGCUGAUCGACCAAUUGCUGAAGAAAUUCAAACAAGACAAUACAGAGCUCCAGAAGUUAUACUUCAAUCUGGCUAUUCUUUUGCUGCUGAUAUGUGGUCAUUUGCUUGUACUGCAUUUGAACUUGCAACAGGUGAGAUGAUGUUUGCGCCAAAGAAUGGACAAGGCUUCAGUGAGGAUGAGGAUCACCUUGCUUUGAUGAUGGAGCUCCUUGGAAAGAUGCCACGGAAGGUUGCCACAGGUGGAGCUCGAUCUAAAGAUUACUUUGAUAGAUAUGGGGACCUGAAGAGAAUUCGAAGGCUGAAGUAUGGGUCUCUUGAUCGACUACUUGUUGAUAAAUACAAGUUUUCUGACGCUGAUGCUCGUGAAUUUGCUGGUUUUCUCCGUCCCAUAUUUGAUUUUGAACCCGAGAAGCGACCAACUGCCAAGCAAUGCCUACAACACCCAUGGCUCAAUACUGUUAAUCAGGCGCAUGGUGAGUUAAAAAGUGAAUCUAGUGAUGAAAAGGUGAAUGUUGGAAUGAACAACCUCCAAAUUAAGUUACGCAAGUGAUUAGGACAAGAACAAGUUUUGUGCAUGUUUUGGAUUUUGUUUGUGGUUGACUAGCUAAGAUUAAUGAAAUGAUAACACAUGAAGAAAUUGACUGAGAAACUGAUAUCAAGUGCCAAAUGAUAGCGUAGUUUUAAGUAUGUCACUAGAUAGCUGCUGCAUCCAUAUUGACACUCGGACACAAAUUCAUCCCACUUCCCUUGGUUUUUAUGCGGAUCAUCUGAGAAAAGGAAGCUCGACAUGUCUUGACUGCAUGGUGCAAGGAGGCAUAUCAUAAGCUUCGGUUCUCAUGGAAUUCUUGUCAGAUGGAUAAUUUGGGUUCCGGAGUGGGAGACUUUUACAGAAGCAAGUCAUUGUUGCAAAUCAUCUAAGAAAGAUGUUCUUCAAAUGUUUCUAUCAAGAAAUCAGAAAAUUCAAGCUCAAGUCAAUGGGCAAUGACAUUUUGGUAGCUGAUUAUUCUGAUAGGACUGGUAAAGAGUAGCUGACACUCUAGCUUACUUUGGCCGAAGGACUAUAAUACUACUGGCACUGUGUGAUAAUUUUUUCUUGUAUAACAAUUUUUGAACUGUGUAAUUUUGUGUGGCUUUGUGAUUUUAUUUUCUUAUCUUUUUGGUUACCAUCUGAAAUGAUAUAAUCGAUUCCUUAAGCAUUGUUUUCA